AUGGCCCUCCCUACACCCUCUUUUGACGGUAUUGGCAUUGCCAACCUGCCCAACCAGAGGCAUAAGAUUGUCGCAAAACGUGGUGCCCACUUCACCAUUAUGGUUGUCGGCGAGUCUGGUUUGGGAAAGACCACGUUGAUCAACACCCUCUUCUCGACUGAGCUGUCACCCCCUAAAAACUACAGCAAACGUCACUUCAAGCAGCUCGACAAACUGACCGAAGUUGAAAUCAUCAAGGCUGAGCUUGAGGAGCGUCAGUUCAAAGUCAAGCUAACCGUCAUCGAUACCCCUGGAUUCGGAGACUAUGUUAACAACCGUGACUCCUGGCUCCCUAUUGUCGAAUUCAUUGACGACCAACAUGAAGCGUACAUGCGUCAGGAGCAGCAGCCGCAGAGACACGAGAAGACUGACCUUCGUGUGCACGCUUGCCUCUACUUCAUUCGCCCCACCGGCCACACCUUGAAGCCUCUGGAUAUCGAAAUCAUGAAGCGCCUUGGAACCCGCGUCAAUUUGAUUCCAGUCAUCGCCAAAGCCGACACCCUCACCCAAAACGACCUCCAUACCUUCAAGCAACGGGUUCGCGAAGUGAUUUCUGCGCAAGGCAUCCGCAUUUACACGCCACCUAUCGAAUCCGACGACGAGAACGCAGACCACGCCCGUGUCUUGAUUGAUGCCAUUCCUUUCUCCAUCAUUGGUUCGACUGAAGACGUCAGGACUCCUGAUGGCCGUGUCGUCAAGGGUCGUGAAUAUAUUUGGGGUGUUGCCGAAGUUGAGAAUGAGGACCACUGCGACUUCAAGAAAUUGCGCUCCCUCCUCAUCCGAACACACAUGUUGGAUUUGAUUUCAACGUCGGAAGAGCUCCACUACGAGAACUACAGGCAGGCACAGAUGGAGACUCGCAAAUUCGGAGAGGCCAAGAUCAGGAAGCCUGACAACCCCAAGUUCAAGGAGGAGGAAGAACAGCUGAGGAAGAAGUUCACCGAACAGGUCAAGGCUGAGGAAGCGAGAUUCAGGCAAUGGGAGCAGCAUUUGAUUGCCGAGCGUGAUCGCUUGAACAAGGAUCUCGAGAUGGCGCACAGCGCUAUCAAGCAACUCGAGGCUGAGUUGGAGAACCUCCAAGUUGGAUACGGCCGCAGCGGCACCAACAGACGAUGA